GUGGGCGGGCAGGUUGAGCGUCUGAAAGCGUCACUCAGUCUCUCUCAGAUCAGGACCGAGAGACGCUGCUCUCCUCACUUCUCUCUCCAUCAUCCCUCCAUCUCCCUCUUCCUCCUCUUCCUCUGUCCACAACCAAAACUCUCUCUCCAUCUUUCUUCUUCUCCUCCUUCUGUCUUCUGUCCUCCACACUCAGACAGACAGACAUACAGGUCUAACUCUUGGCCUUCAUCACCACCACCAUCAUCCUCAGAGGAAGACGGACAGGGAGCCCCCUGACCCUCGCCCCGCUGGGUCACCAUGGCAACGGUCAUCUGCACUCGUUUCACCGAAGAGUAUCAGCUGUACGAGGAGCUGGGCAAGGGAGCGUUUUCAGUGGUGCGGCGCUGUGUGAAGGUGCUGUCGGGUCAGGAGUACGCCGCCAAAAUCAUCAACACCAAGAAACUGUCAGCCAGAGAUCAUCAGAAGUUGGACCGUGAAGCUCGAAUCUGUCGUUUACUGAAACACCCCAACAUCGUUCGGCUACAUGACAGCAUCUCAGAGGAGGCACAUCAUUACCUCAUCUUUGACCUGGUAACAGGUGGAGAGUUAUUUGAAGAUAUUGUAGCCAGAGAAUAUUACAGUGAAGCUGACGCCAGCCACUGUAUCCAGCAGAUUUUGGAGGCGGUUCUACACUGUCACCAGAUGGGCGUGGUCCACCGAGACCUGAAGCCAGAGAACCUGCUGCUGGCCUCUAAGUCAAAAGGAGCAGCAGUGAAACUGGCCGACUUCGGCCUCGCCAUAGAGGUGGAAGGAGACCAGCAGGCCUGGUUUGGCUUUGCGGGGACCCCAGGUUAUCUGUCUCCAGAGGUUUUAAGGAAGGAUCCGUACGGAAAAGCAGUCGACCUCUGGGCUUGUGGUGUGAUUCUCUACAUCUUAUUGGUCGGUUAUCCUCCAUUCUGGGAUGAAGAUCAGCAUCGUCUCUACCAGCAGAUCAAAGCUGGAGCUUAUGAUUUCCCAUCUCCAGAGUGGGACACAGUGACUCCUGAAGCCAAGGAUCUCAUUAAUAAGAUGUUGACCAUUAAUCCGGCCAAACGGAUCACAGCUGCUGAGGCGCUAAAGCACCCCUGGAUCUCUCAUCGCUCCACAGUGGCGUCCUGCAUGCACAGACAGGAAACAGUCGAGUGUCUGAAGAAGUUUAACGCCAGGAGGAAACUCAAGGGGGCCAUUCUGACCACCAUGUUGGCCACCAGAAAUUUCUCAGGAGGAAAGAGCGGCAGCAACAAGAAGGCCGACGGAGUCAAGGAAUCUUCUGAGAGCACAAACACCACCAUCGAGGAUGAAGAUACCCGAGUGAGGAAACAGGACAUCAUUAAAGUCACUGAGCAGCUUAUUGAGGCGAUCAGCAACGGAGACUUUGAGAGCUACACUAAAAUGUGUGACCCGGCUGUGACGGCGUUUGAGCCCGAGGCGUUGGGGAAUCUCGUCGAAGGCCUGGACUUCCACCGCUUUUAUUUUGAAAACUUGUGGUCCAAGAACAGUAAACCGGUCCACACCACCAUCCUGAACCCUCACAUCCACCUGGUCGGGGACGAGGCUGCCUGCAUCGCCUACAUCAGAGUUACGCAGUACAUCGACGCCAAUGGGACGCCUCGUACCGCCCAAUCAGAGGAGACCAGGGUGUGGCACCGCCGUGACGGGAAGUGGCAGAUUGUCCACUUCCACCGCUCAGGCUCCGCCUCCACACUCAGCAAGUAAGAACAAGCUAACUUCCAGAGCCGGGUCUUUGAUGGGGCCAUCGUCGCCUUGACAACAGAUUGAUUGACAGCACGCCAGGCGUCUGACACCACCCAUUCAGGAUUUUGUUUGAGAAAACGAAGGAGACGAGGGCGGAGCCAGAAAGCUUUUCUCCAACUCGUCCAGUCGUGAACUGCAUAAUCAAUCAAUCAAUCAACCGAUCAGCUUCCUCUUUUCAGUUCCUUUGGACUUUGCUCAGCCACGCCCCUUUGUUAUUAGCCAAUCAGCUGCACAGCGCAGGUUGUAAUAGUGUGUGGAAAGCUCGUAUCUCCAGAUGUUUAAUUAACGAAUGAAGCCACCUGACGUUCUCCUUAAUUUGAAUAUUAUUAGUAAACAUUUGUGUUUUGGUUCCUGUCAGAGCCUGAGCCUGCGUGGGUUCUCCGGGUUCCUCCCACAGUCCCAAAAACAUGCACAUCAGGUUAACUGGCUGCUCUACACUAUCCCUGUGUGUGUGUGUGUGUGUGUGUGUGUGUGUGUGUGUGGUUGUGUGUGGUUGUGUGUGGUUGUGUGUCUUUGUGUGUCAGCCCUGUGAUUGACUGGAGACCAGUCCAGGCUGUGUCCCACCUCUCGCCCAUAGUUUGCUGGGAUAGGCUCCAGCUCCCCGUGACCCUCACGGAUUAAGCGGUAUAGAAGAUGAAUGGAUGAAUGUCCCAGUAAAACACUGUAAUCACCCUGUCACCUGGUGCCAGGGAAAGCACCUGAUUCAGUUCACCAACAUUUUUAAUCCCUGAACAAACCAAAAACCCACUGAACGAACUCUGAGGAGCCCUGAUUCCUAAAGAUUCCUCUGGGAGAUACGAGAUUUCCACCUGACAGUGAAGAGAACCACGUAGAAUAACAAUCAAUUAUUUAAUUAUAUUAUUAUACACAGAGGCCAGGAGUCGCCAUGGUAAUUAAUUAGGAUUUAGACCUUUUAUCUCAUGAUCACAUCCAGGGCUCAGAUCAGAAUUUUACAGAAGCUAAUUAAGUUGUGAUCAUGAGAUGAUUGGGCCUAAAAACUGACGAGCACCCACAGCAGCUCUUGGCCUCCGUACCUGUGUGGUACAACAGUCAACUAGAACAUUUAAUAUCGUACGAGCAGGAAACGCUGAGAACAUGUCGACGAUGAGUUUGGAUGUUCGACGUUCAUCUCUUUGCUUCCAUCAGGCUCGGAGAGCUCCAGAAGCUUCCACCACUCUCCGACAUGCGAUCUUCCAUGAACAGCCACACCUCCGCUCAGAUCAGCCGCCCACCUCCACCCCUGACCCCCCGCCCUCUGUCCUAAUGAGGAGGACCUUAAUGAGGUACUUUAGCGAGCUGUGUGUCUGCUGCCUGCUCCUCUUCAGGCUUUGUUAGCUGAAGAAACUUUAUCGGUCGGGCCGAGUUUAUAAAAUGUCUUAGAGUGAAAAGCAACCAGAUUCCUGUGAGAGGAAGAAGAAAGUAGGGAGGGAAAGAAGGAAAGAUGGGACAACAAAACACAGACAGAGAAAAGAUAGAACAGGUUGCUGAGGAAAGCAAGGAAAAAGGAGCUAAGGACAAAGGGAAGGAAACAUCAGAAGAAAAAAAUUACUCUCCCUAAUUUAGUUUAAUCAUCGAAAUUCAAAAUAAAUCAAAUCUGAAGACAGUAAAACAGCUUCUGAAUGUGAUGAUGAUCAUGAACAAUAAAUGUAUGUAAUCGAUACCCCUGCUAUUGGGCACUAAAACAGAAUCAGCAUACCUUUCAGUGAGUUGCUGGAUCUGACCUUUUCUCUGGUUUGGGGAUGCAGAAUGGCGACAGAAGGAACAAAAUGACUCUUGAUUGUUUUCAGAACUUUUUGAAGGGUUAGUGUAAAGUGAAAAAGUGAAACAGGUAACGCUCGAAAGGCCAAUGAGAGUCACGGACUCAAUCACCUGUAAUCUGUCGCCGGGACCAAAGUCCAUCAACCACAAUAAACUGAUCAGUACAGAGUCCCAGAAGUGACAAAAAUAACAGAGGAGUAAAAUGUCUUGAUGAAUAAAUGAAUUCAUAAAGAUGAGACUUAACGCAUUUAAAUGCCUUUUUAGGCAAACGCUGAUGUUGAUGUAGAGACAAAAGGUGAAAAAAAUUUUUGUUUAAAAAAUGCAGCAUAAAACAAAUCUGCUGCGAUCGUCCUUCAGAUUCACAUAUUUAAAUAUAAAUAACAAUAACUAACAAUAUAUUUUGAACAACACUAUUAUAAACAAUAUCCAUGAGCUAAAAAAAAAUAAUUUAACAAAUAAUGUUUCAGUGCUAACAUUGAAUCUUCAGCUUUCCUGAAUAUUGAAAUGUUAAAGUCAUUGAUUGAUCAGAUUCUGUUCAUUGUACUGGCAGAUAUGUUGUUCUGUCAUUCUCAGAAAAAAAUGGUAAAUGUCGAACGUUAAAGGUGAAACGUGAGAUGAACGGAGGAUUAAACACGUGCCAAAAAAAAGUAAAUGUCAGUUCAAAAUAUGAAAAGCCAAUAAAUCCAUGAAUAUUUCUUAAGUCAUGUAUUAAGUCAGCACGGUUAGUGUUUUUUGUCUCUUCUGGGACUCCGUACAAAGGACAUUUGUGUUUCCGGUUGGUCUGUUGGCGGUGUGGUCGCUGUGUGAAACCUCAUAUCUCUGUUUGUUUCAUUUUUUCGGAGCCUUAACAAUAUAAUAACUGAUUUUAAAUUUCAGGUUCAGAUUUAAAAUUGCAUCUUAGAUUGUGAAGUGAAAUAUUAACCUGCCUGCUUAGAGUCGCUGUAUUCAGCAGUUUCGUUGGUGGAUUUUCUUUCAGGAGAUAUGAGGUUUUGCAUUAACAGCAGCUUUCUGAAAACGUUUGAUUUUUUGAAUGGAGUUCUGUACAGAGAGCUUGUGUUUCUUCCUCUUCAGUGAUGGUGUUUACUUCCUGUACAGAUUUAGCGAUUUGCUGCAUGCCGGACUUGACUUUGUGUUUUCUGUUUCGGCUUCAGUCUCCGCUGUGUUUCGCUGUUCGCGGCUGUCAGGUGACUUUCCUGCUCUCUGGUGACUCGACUUGGACUUGUUAGCUUUGUUAGCAUUCUUUAGUGGGAGCAAUGGUGUCUGCUAGCCGCGAGCUAACAAAACACCAGCGGCGUUGAGUUUGAUAUUCUGCGACUUUUGACUUGUUGUGUUUGUCUCAGAGGCUUUAAGCAGCUUUUUACCGUCGGGAGAAUGUAGAACUUUGUACAAUCAGAUUCUUACUAUGAUGAUGUUAUUAUUCUCGAUAUAUCACGUUUGUAUAUUUAAAAGCUUUUUCAUGUUUGAAUCAAACUUCCAGUGCUAGCGUUGUGUGAAACACCCUGUAGAGAACACAUUGUAUAGUAUUAGCUCUAUUAUUUUUGUUGGUAUGAUAUGCAUUAUAGAGUGUGACAUGAAUUCCCUUAGCAGCUGCUGAAUGUGUUCACCACUCUCCUUCAUUUGACUUAACAUCUCGGUGCCAUUUGGCGUCCCGACUCCAGAAACAUUCAAGAGAAAGAGCUGGGGAGGUUGAGACUUUCACCAAAAAACUGCCAAAAGUUUCAUUUUCUUCUGUUUUCAAGUCACAGAAUUAAGAAAUCACGUUGCUGCUGCUGCUGUCAUUCAAAUCAGUGAAAAUGGCGACUUGUAUGCCGCUGUGUGAAAGCCCUGUCUGUCAGAGUCAGAGCUUCGUAUAUCUCACACUUCACAUUUUCACAUUUGAAAAAUCAGGAGCUUCGGGCGGGAUUUUUUUGGGAAGACUUUCCGGGUAAAACUGGAGAUCGACCCCUGUUCACCUGCUGAACAGAGAUCAGCUCUGAUUUUGAACAGAACACUGCACAUUUCUGUUUCACAACAUGAAGUAUCUCAUUGAGUUUUGCUUUAGUUUUCCGGUUCUGUUUGGGGAUAAAAACCGUUAUGAUCAAGCUGAAACGAUGGAUUUUAUUUUUAUUGAAACAUAAAUGAAUUUUCCCUGAGAUCAUUCUCUAAACAUCUGCCUGGUUCAGUCUCCUCUUCUACCCCAGACGAGAAUGUGAGCCCAGUCGGGACUCCAAAUGGCACCUGUAGAGUGAAUGGCUGUUUUCUACAGUAGACUAGUCUGUGUUUUCUAAAGCCACACCUUCACUUUGACCUUUUAAGACACUUGAAAGUAUUAUUCAUUAGUGGUGGAAAUCUUUAAGCACCGAGGAACACAGACUGUCCCUGCAACUAUCUGAGAUGUCAUUUUUUAGAAAUAUUUUGGUGUUUUGCUUGAAACUGAAGAAUUUAUCUUAAAGUAGAUUUCAUGUUAUUCCUAUGAACAGAUGCUACGAUGUUUUUCCAGUGUUUUUACCAGAUGUUCAGUGGGCGUGGCUGCUCCAUCUUCAUCUUAAUGAAUCCAAAGCAGCGACUUCCAACCUUCGGUUCACCUGUGAAACGACUGACUGUGUGAUCCAGAGGAGACAGUGGAUUCAGGCUCCAGUGACGUUUUCCUGUCGCUGUUCGAUCUACAGAUGUCUCCCGGUCUCGGUUUCUGAUUCUUUGGCAGAAGAUUUUAUGAAACGUUUUCAUUUUGAUUGUUCAGACUCAGAAAAGUGAAGGUCGGGUUGGAAGUCUCUGUUUUGAAGCCUCUCCUGCAGCACUGAGCGCACGUUCACCACGCGACGCUUUUCUUACCGACGUGAUGGGAAACAGCAGGACUCACUUUAUUUCACCCGUGGGAAGAAGAGGAGGGAGGUUCAGGCUAAACACUGCCAGCAGUCCUGAGCUGUUCCUCUGGCCAUAAGAUAACAUGCUUUCAGAAGCUAAUGGCUAGCAUUACAGUUACUACAGUUUGGAAUGCUAAUAAUGCUAACAAGCUAGCUAGAAAGUUGAGUAGAUACUGAUGCUGUUAGUUUUCUGUUUAAUAGCAAACGCUGUUUUAUUUAAUAGUGUCGGGAACUCUGGAUUUACUCCGCGCACAGUUUUAAACGCUCAGUCAUGAAAUAAAAACACAGACUGAGACUAAAGUGAAAGAGAAAAAAGUCAAGGUGAAGCUUCUUUUGACACAAAACCUGCUGAUUAAUUAAAUUGGGAAGAAAAAACUGAAUAAAGAAACAGAUUAUCUUGCUAAUGCUGAGCUAACUGCACACAUGGCGCCUGGUUCAGACGGUUUGGACAAACGUUUUCUGAGUGAUUCAAAAAUCCCACCAACAUUUUAAAUUCAGUUUAUUUAUUUAACUGUUCACUUUAAUCCCAGCCUGACUGAAGCUGGUCCUCUCUGUCAGCAGGUUCGUUCUGAACUCCUUCCCCUGCUUGUUCAUUUUACUGUGUAAAAAUUAUUUAGUCUAAAAAUAUCAAACUUACCUAAAUAACUCAACAUGAGGAGUCACAGGAUGGAAACGCCUCUUCAGGACGUUAAACACCCAAAAUAAUGAAUGAGUGUAUUUAAGUUCCAGCUGUGCGUCUGAAGCUCCUCCGCUUACCGGGUUCCUUCAUCGUUUGAACUUUGGAUUUUGCUUCAAGAACCAGAAAUAACAUGGAAAUGAUCAGUCGAUGAAAUCAAACAAUAAAUAAACAUUCAUGUUUCAUUUUGGAUGUUUUAAAUUACUUUUUAUUUCUGGUUAUUUCUUCUUUAAAACCAAACGGUCAAAGGUCACACAGACUGGGUCCUCGCUGUUUCCCAUUCACGAUGGUCACGCUCUGCAAAUUCAAUAAUCAAUGAUCAGCUCCUUCACAUCCACUCAGCUUUUUCUACUAUGAUGGAUAUUGUACUGUACUGUAUUAACUGGACUCUAAUGCUGCAUGCUCAGUGUGUAACUGUGCGUGUGCGAGAGAGAGUGUAUUUUUAAUCUUUUUUUCUUUUGUAGUUUUUUGGAGUAUUUUCUUCUUCUGCAUCGUGUUCAAAGUGUUUCUGUAAAUAAACUGAGGUCGUUAAACGC